AUGUUUCGAGAAUCUAUAACCUUUUCUUCUAUCGAAAUUCAGGAAUCUUGGUCAAAUGAUGGGUCUGAUGAUGAGCUAGAAGCAACAACAUUUCCAGAUUUUGAAGCCAAAGUCAACGAGACUAUCGCUUCUCUCGGUGGAGCCGUCUUUCCAAAACUAAAUUGGAGUGCUCCGAAGGACGCAGCCUGGAUUAACUUUGGCUCUACACUUAGAUGCACGUCUGCAACCGAUCUCCUCGUUCUUCUAAAGGCUUCGGAUUUUAUCUCUCAUGACAUCUACGCUCCGUUUGCAUUUUGUACAGAUGUCAAUGACGAUGAACCACGGCAUCCGUUGAAGUUGGUUCUGCGAGCUUGGCGUCAAAUCCGUCCUGACGGUGAACUUCGGUGCUUCAUCAGAAGCAACCAACUCUAUGUUAUCAACGCUACUGAUUCUCUCGUAGAUGUAAUGGACGUAUACGUCGGACAUAAGUUUGGAUCAUCACGUUGUGUCAGGGUGAUCGAUUUCAAUGUCUAUGGUCCUCCCACGGACGGUCUGAUGUUUAAUUGGUCGGAGCUUAGACUUCUUCGGCAUGACAAGGAGGUACAUUUCCGUUGGCAAAGUGAUAAGACGAUGCGCUCCAGUGUGUUCUCCCAAUACAAAUUGCCGAUAGAUUUGGUGGAUAUUUCAUCUGGUGACGACCCCGAAAAGUUGCUCGAUUUGAUUAAAGCACGAGCCGUGAGUUCUCUUAACCAAGGAGAGAUCUGUUUGGUGCGUUUUUUGCCGGCGGAGGUGCGAAACGAUGCAUGUGUUAUAGGUUUGAAGAGGCAUGUGGCUUCAGUGCGAGCCAAUACGAGACGUCUUUCUGCUGGAGGAAUGGACGAAAGAGACUCCAGUGUGUGGUCCGGAGCCGCUAUCACCUCGUUUGUUGGCCUCGGUGCUCUGUCUUUUAGUACUUGA